UCUGCAAAGGUCGUCUGCAUUGUUUGUUGAGCUUCACGUUUGUAUUACAGGCGCGUUGGUGCUCUUCUCUCCUUCAAGCUUGGGUGACUUUUUUCAUAGAAUGACCACAACCCUUCUCUUCUUGUUUGCUUGAAUCCUGCACCAUUGAAGGGCUGCCUCUUACGAGGAGAUCAAAAGCAUGUCUGAAGAAGUAGUAGUACGUCGUACUGGAAGAAGGAUCGAGUCAAAAGCAAAGCGAUGGAGCGCUCCGCCAUCAGAGAAAGGCUUUUCACCUGCGAUCAAUACUCCUGAUCAAAUAACUCGUGAUGUCCGAGGUCUAAAACUUCGCCAGCGCGUUUCCAUCGUUCUUGGAGACGAAGUUCUUCGAGAAGAGCUAGAAGAGGUCGUUGGGAACGUAGAUAUAACGAAUAAAACUACGAAUCUCAAAAGUUACCGUACUUAUCAAGAUUUCUUGAUUCCAACGGGAGGGAUUGCUGGAGGAGCACAAGGAGUACCAGUUACACCCAUAGCAGACAUAAGAGGCAUGGAGACGAUCAAAUUUUCUAAAGAAGAACGCUUACUUCGUUGUAAGAUCGCUGCAGUCUAUCGUCUGGCCCUAGAGUUUAACUGGGCUUCUUGUGACUACGAUCAAGUGCUCUGUACCGCCAGAGCCACUGAAGAUGACUACUACUACCUGACCUCUCCUGUAGGAGUACUUUUCAAUGAGAUAACAGCAGCAAGUCUCAUCAAAAUGGACCUUGAGGGCAACACUGUUGAACCUGGCAACACUAACUUUGGGUCAAACAAGCUUGGUGAUCAAGUACACUGCAUUGUAUAUGAGGCAUUGAAGGACGUCAACUGUGUGAUGUGCCUGACAUCAAUGGCAGUCAAAGCAGUCAGUGCAAUGGAGUGUGGUUUGCUUCCCAUUUCAAAGGAUGCUGUUGCAGUUGGCGAGGCUACAUACUAUACAUUAAGUGGAGUGGGGUUUGAUAAAGAGGACAAGGAGGAUCUGAUCAGAAAGUGUGAAAAAAUUGACAAGGUUUUGUUCCUGAGGAAUGUUGGUGCCGUUUGUAUUGGCAAGUCAAUAGAGGAGAUGGUGUAUGUUGCUCACUUGCUGAAUCAAGCUUGUCAGUAUCAGAUCAAUGCAAUGAGAGCUGGUGUGGAAAAUCUGGUCCACAUUGAUAAAGAUGUCAGGAAGAAGAUAUACCAGUCUCUACAUGAAGCUGACGACACCAACCAGAACAAACAAAGAAAUUCAAGCAUUCUGUUUGCUGCCUGGAUGCGAAUGCUUGAUGGAAAGGGCCACAAGACUGGAUAUGAGUACAGCACUGAAGUCUUUAAGAGGGAGGAACCACCGAGCCCCACCAAGCCCACCAAGGCCAAGACACCAGCCAAAGCAAGCUCUUUCCGUUAUGAGCAACAAGACAGAGACUGUAACCCUGUUAGAAGAGCACACACUACAGGAAGGGCUUAUAACAGAACCAAGCUAAAAUGGCUGAAUGAGCCUGUCAAGUCAACAGAAUACAAGAAAGAACCAAAUCUGGAGUCACCGAACAUUGAAACUGUGAUUGCUAAGGACAGACAACCAGAAAGAACUGACAAGGAUGCAAGAGAAAUGAAUGAGAUAAUUGAAGAAUCUGUUGGUGUGAAAGUGGAAGCUAUAUCAGAGUCUACACCGGAUGAAGAAGUCAAGGUAGUUGAGACUACAGAAGAGCCCACAAAGACAACAGUGACAACAGUAGUAACAACUAUUGAGACAAAGGCAGAAGAGGAGGCUAAAGAAAAGGCUGAUGAAGCAAAGGAAGCUGAUGACAAACUUCUUUCUCCAGGAGACUCAGGAAAUGGCUCCAAGAAGAGAAAGAAAGUCAAGAAGAGCAGAAGUUUUAAGGAUGCCUUGAAGGAGACCUUCAGCAAGAAGAAGUCUCCCGAGAAAUCUAAAGAGAAGCAUUCCAAGAAGGCAGCAGAGAAGACUGACUAAUAAGGAAGACCAUGAUUUCAGCUACUCUAUGUGCAUAAAGUACAGCAACAUUAAAGUAUUUUAACAUAAAGUAUUUCGAGAUCCAGUAACAAGGCUGCCAAAUAAGCAUUUUAAAAAUGUUGGUGUCAAAACGUUACAACCAAUAAGUCGAUUUUUCUGGAGAACAAAACAUUGUUCAAAGUUAAUACUCAACACAUUCUCCUCCUUCAUUAAAGAGUAAUAAGUUGUUCACAAGCUGUUUUUUCCAGAGAAAUCUAGGCUAAAGACAUAAUGGCAAUCUUUUAACCUCAUUAGUUUUAAGUGGUGUUAAGAUUCUCAAUCUUUGUAGUAAACGUAUCAAUUUAUGACGUUUCAAAGCUAGGUUUGAAAUAAUUUUAGUGAAAGGUUAAAAUAAUAAAGAGAAUAUGUUAAAAUAUUUUGGGGUCAACUUACAAUAGGCCCCUUGCACUGAGACCCGAGACAAAUAAUUAUCGUUUUGGGGGACAAAACAAUGGAUUUUUUUUGCAUGAAAAAAGACAGCCUAUUGUUUUGUAUCCCAGAACAAUAAUCCUCCAGGAAAUCAAUGCCAGGGGUCUAUAUAGCUUUUAAAAUAUCCAGUCAUAAUUUCUAGUAAUAUUCUAAGACAAUCACAAAACAACUGGGCCAUAUUUCAAAAUAUGCUUUUAAUUUUUAACUUACUUUUUUGUGUCUUCUGAAAUUGUUAAGAUAUGUAUGAGAUAAAUAAAUAAAGUGUACUUACGAUAAAAAAUAUGUGCGCUUGACUCUUUCAAAUGAUUAAAUAUUUGAUAAAAUGACCUAUUCUGCUGUAAACGUAUCAUUACCCAUAAUGUAUUACAACCAAUUGAAUUGAUUUGUUAAAAAAGUAUUCAUUUGAAUUGCCCUAUUAGGAAUUUUACAUUUUUUUAUAAUUGUGUAAUCCUUAGCUUUUACUAGCUUAGCUAAGUACUUUUCAUGUUAUUCCUGUAAUUCUGAAUUAAAAUUAAUUUAAACCCA